UUUUUGCAGUCGCUAAAAUGUUUGACCACUUCACAACUAGGUCUUUAGAAAGAAAAAGUAGUGUUGUUGUUUUGCGUAUAAAUUAGCAACUGUAAGCGAGCAACGUGCUGUUUUUUGCCACAAUUAAAAUCUGUCAAAAGCACCUAUUAAAAUAUAUUAACUGCAGAAAUAAAUUUCACAUUAUUUUGGAAACAUUAUGUGAAUUAAGCUUUGCAGAAAAACUUUUAUAUAUUAAAAACAGUGGCAGCAUCAAUCAGCUGAGCUUUGUUGUCGUAUGUAAAAAUGAAUACAAAUAAAAACAGAGACACAUAGAUUAUUUGAGCGAUCAAGGGAGGGGAAAUUAUAUAUUUUGUAAAAUAUUUGAAAAACUAAAAUGAUUAUUUACGGUGUAUAUAUUGUAAGUAAAUCCGGAGGAUUGAUAUUUAAUUUGGACAAUAAUGUACCUAGAAUAGAACAUGAGAAAUCUUUCACAUAUCCUCUAGACAUAGUCCUUGAUUAUGACAGCAAAAAAGUGACAGUGGCGUUUAACAAAAAAGAGAGUAUUAAUGUUGGACAUGUGCUAGUGUCUGUGAAUGGUAUUUUGGUGAAUGGUGCAACACUUGCAGAUGGGCGAAAUGUUAAAACAGUAUUGGAAGCUGAAGAGAAUUAUCCAGUAAAUUUGAAAUUUGCACGCCCAAAAAUGACAACAAACGAAAAAAUAUUUUUAGCAAGUAUGUUUUAUCCUUUAUUUGCGAUUGCUAGCCAAUUAAGUCCAGAACCGAAGAGCUCAGGCAUCGAACUUUUAGAGUCUGACACAUUUACAUUACACUGCUUUCAAACAUUAACAGGAGUUAAAUUUAUUGUAGUAUCUGAAGUUGGGCUUGGCAGUAUGGAUAUGCUUCUGCGAAAAAUAUACGAACUUUAUGCAGAUUACGUGCUUAAGAAUCCAUUUUACUCAUUAGAAAUGCCCAUAAGGUGUGAACUAUUUGAUAGCAAGCUUCAAACACUGUUAGAAAUAAUUGAAAAAACUGGAUUUAAUAAUUUAGAUAAAUAAAUAUUUAUAUUUGUUAAUGCGAAUUUAUAGUUAAUAAUAUUAAUAAGAAAAUAUAGAGUCCAUUUGUAUACUAUUGAUUUUUUAAACAACUUCAAUUUAUUUAAGCCCAACCGCUAUUGUAAAAUUAAAGAGAAUAAUGUUUUGAUUUUAUUUUUUAUUAAAGCAUCACAAAUUAUUUGUGGAUAAUGACUAAAGUAAUUUUGGUACAUCAUUUAAUUGCACAGUGCGUGUUCACUUAAAUAUUUUUAUUAAAAACUUAAAUAGAACAAUGUUAUUCGAGGUUAAUAUGCAGGCAUCUAGCAGUUCGGCCAGGCCUUUUGCGGUAUCUUCAAAAAUAAGCUAAUUUUUUGGACUAUCAUCAACACAUUCCAUACAGACAAUAAAUAAUAACAA